CUCAAACUACAACAUCAACUCCUCCCUGAGUCUUCAGCUGCACGAACUUCAAUCUAGAACAUCAGCUCCUCUCUGGGUCUUCAGCUGCACGACCCUCAAACUGGAACAUCAGCUCUUCCCCGAAUCUCCAGCGCUCCUCCCUGGGUCUUCAGCUGCAAGACCCUCAAACUACAACAUCAACUCCUCCCUGAGUCUUCAGCUGCAUGAACUUCAAUCUAGAACAUCAGCUCCUCUCUGGGUCUUCAGCUACACGACCCUCAAACUGGAACAUCAGCUCCUCCCGGGUCUCCAGCUGUAGGGCCAUCAAACGAGAACAUC